CCAUGUUCUUCUCCCUGGCAUUUCAGGCCAGAGUAGCCAGCCUCUCUGCCCAGUGGGGAAGACAAAUAAGGAAUUUGCGUAAGUCAUCUGUGCAAAAUGGUGCUGGAGGAGCCUUAUUUGUGCACAGAGAUAUGCCUGAGAAUAACCCAGAUGUCCCAUUUGAUUUCACACCAGAAAACUAUAAGAGAAUAGAAGCAAUUGUGAAAAACUAUCCAGAAGGACACAAAGCAGCAGCUGUGCUUCCAGUCCUGGAUUUAGCCCAAAAGCAGAAUGGGUGGUUGCCCAUCUCUGCUAUGAACAAGGUUGCAGAAGUUUUGCAAGUACCUCCAAUGAGACUAUAUGAAGUUGCAACUUUUUAUACAAUGUAUAAUCGAAAGCCAGUUGGAAAAUACCACAUUCAGGUCUGCACUACCACACCUUGCAUGCUUCGUAACUCUGACAGCAUACUGGAUGCCAGUCAGAAAAAGCUUGGACUGAAGGUUGGGGAGACAACACCUGACAAACUUUUCACUCUUACAGAGGUGGAAUGUUUAGGGGCUUGUGUAAAUGCACCAAUGGUUCAAAUAAAUGACAACUAUUAUGAGGAUCUGACACCUAAAGAUAUUGAAGACAUUAUAGACGACCUCAACGCUGGCCAAGUUCCAAAACCUGGGCCAAGGAGUGGACGUUUCUGUUGUGAGCCAGCUGGAGGUCUUACCUCUUUGACUGAACCACCUAAAGGUCCUGGAUUUGGUGUUCAAACAGGCCUCUAUGUUAAACUAUAA